CAGUGUCCCUUGUCCGCCGAAAGGAUCCCGUGGCAAAUGCCUGUUACGCGCCUAAGGCUGAGCCUCGGCUCAAAUUCUGCCACUCUGCAUUGCCAGGACUCUCAGACCUGAAUCUUCACCACCAAUCGCCCUGAUGAUUUUGAUUUCCAUCUUUCGCUAACGACCCAAUUUUUCCCUUAGGCAACUCUACUGUCCCUUGACCGACCGCUCCCCGAUUGUCGGUGCACGUCACAUUGUACCUCAGCGGUCACUCCUGCUCUUCUACCCGGCGCCGCCGUGGGCCGCUUGUUUUUCCAUCUAAUCGACCAUGGCACCAGGACGGUCGAUAAAUAUCCUUCUACCCUCCUCUCUUCCCUUUCAGAGACCGAGACCGAGUAUACACUCUUCGUCACCCUCAUUACGCCCCUUCUGCCGUCCGCUCUUCCUUCAAUCCUCCUGCCGAACAAUACCCAGCGGACCUUCUCUCUCAACACACACCAGUGCCUCGAGGAGGGUAUUUCGACGGUGGAACAAUAUACAAGUUGCCCUGCGACGUUCACAGUCUACAGUUGUUGUCCAUCAUAAAGGACGUGCCCGUUUCCGCCGGUCGAUCAGUUUUUUGACCAUCAGCACCCUUUCGUUCGUUGUCGGUACAUACCUCGCCCUCAGCUACUCUCCUCCGAUCCUCGUCCCGCUCAUCAUGGGUUCCAUGCCCUCGGACGCCGAGACGCUCUCGAUCUACGAGCCACCCGACGACCUUUCCCGAGAGAUUGACGAACAAAUCAGAAACUGCGCCCUCGCCGUGGAACUCAGAGAACACCCGGACUUCAUCGAAUCGAGGCCGCACCUCAAGAUCCCCCCAGAAGUGCGACAGCACAAUCUCACAGCGGGCACGUUGGCGGGGCCCGGCAUGAUCGUCGUUCCGCCGUACUAUUUCAAUGAGAAGGACGGGAAGAGCAUGGUUCAGAUAUUCUAUGUCGGUCCCGACUGCUCAGGGCAUCCAGGGAUCGUGCACGGCGGGUUCCUGGCCACAAUGCUCGACGAGGGUCUGGCAAGGUGCGCAUUCCCUGCCAUGCCAAACAAAGUGGGCGUGACGGCAAACCUGCAAAUCAAUUAUCUCAAACCCACAAUGGCGGGCCAGUUUCUGGUCCUGCGAGCGACGACGACGAAAACUGAGGGCAGGAAGGCAUGGGCCGAGGGCUGGAUUGAGAGCCUGGAGGUGCCAGAGGGUGAAGAGCCACAGAAACUCGUGGAGGCGAGUGCGCUGUUUAUUGAGCCGAAGUAUGCUAAUGUCUUGAAAUCACUCUACCGAGUUUCAGAUUAAAUGCUCGAGAGGUUUGAUGCUAUAUAAUGCCGGAGUUUUUCGAUCGGAAGGCAUGUUCUGACUCUAUGGGCUUCUCUUUUGAAGGUACAAACGAGAAGUUGAUGGAGUAUUGUUCUCGAGUCCAGCGUCGCAAAGCACAAGCAUUGGAUAGAGCUGUCGAGAACUGUGCGAUAUGGAUUUUGGGAUUCAAGCAUGUAUCUACGUGCACGGGGUUUGGUGUUCUUAGAAAGCAUAGUAUCUGAUAUGGAUAGUCUCUCAAGACUGGAAAAGAAUAGACGAAUAUACCGGCCCCGAGUCUACUUGUGGGCAUUUUGUCAAAACGUG